AUGGUGUCCUGGGUCCAUGGCUGGGGCUGCAAAGAUCCAGGCAUUGCCAUAGGAAUCUUGGUUCGAGAAUACAGCAAGCUCUCAAGUCUGGAGAAAUUCUACUUUGCUUUUCCUGGAGAAAUUCUAAUGAGGAUGCUGAAACUCAUCAUUUUGCCAUUGAUUGUAUCCAGCAUGAUUUCAGGUGUUGCUGCGCUGGAUUCCAAUGUAUCUGGAAAAAUUGGUCUGCGUGCUGUCGUGUAUUAUUUCUGUACCACUCUCAUUGCCGUAAUUCUAGGUAUUGUGCUGGUAGUGUGCAUCAAGCCUGGUGUCACCCAGAAGGUGUCUCAAAUAGACAGGACAGGCAGCACCCCUGACGUCACCACAUUGGAUGCCAUGCUAGACCUGAUCAGGAAUAUGUUUCCUGAGAACAUUGUCCAAGCCUGUUUUCAACAGUACAAAACCACGCGUGAAGAAGUGAGUUCUUCCAGUGAUCCAGAGACAAAUGUAACAGAACAGCCCUUCACAGCUGUCAUGACAACCGCUGUUGCCAAGAAUAAAACAAAGGAAUACGAAAUUGUAGGCACGUAUUCAGAUGGCAUAAAUGUCCUCGGUUUGAUUGUCUUUUGCCUGGUCUUUGGACUUGUCAUUGGAAAAAUGGGAGAAAAGGGACAGAUUCUGGUGGAUUUCUUCAAUGCUUUGAGUGAUGCAACCAUGAAAAUAAUUCAGAUCGUUAUGUGUUACAUGCCUCUUGGUAUUUUGUUCCUGAUUGCCGGGAAGAUCAUAGAAGUUGAAGACUGGGACGUAUUCCGCAAGCUGGGCCUUUACAUGGCCACAGUCCUGAGUGGGCUUGCAAUCCACUCCAUUGUAAUUCUCCCACUGAUAUAUUUCAUAGUCGUACGAAAGAACCCUUUCCGGUUCGCCAUGGGAAUGGCCCAGGCUCUCCUAACAGCUCUCAUGAUCUCUUCGAGUUCAGCAACACUGCCUGUCACCUUCCGCUGUGCUGAAGAAAAGAACCAUGUGGACAAGAGAAUCACUAGAUUCGUAUUACCUGUUGGUGCUACAAUCAACAUGGAUGGGACUGCACUGUAUGAGGCAGUGGCAGCUGUGUUUAUUGCACAGUUGAAUGACAUGGACUUGACCAUUGGGCAGAUCAUCACUGUCAGUGUCACAGCCACAGCCGCUAGCAUUGGAGCUGCUGGUGUGCCCCAGGCUGGCCUGGUGACCAUGGUGAUCGUGCUGAGUGCCGUGGGCCUGCCCACCGAGGAUGUCACCCUGAUCAUCGCUGUCGACUGGCUCCUGGACCGGUUCAGGACCAUGGUCAACGUCCUCGGUGAUGCAUUCGGGACAGGCAUCGUGGAAAAACUCUCUAAGAAGGAGCUGGAGCAGAUGGAUGUUUCUUCUGAAGUCAACAUUGUGAAUCCCUUUGCCUUGGAAUCCACCAUCCUUGAUAACGAAGACUCAGACACCAAAAAGUCUUAUGUCAAUGGAGGCUUUGCUGUAGACAAGUCCGACACCAUCUCGUUCACCCAGACCUCACAGUUCUAGAGUCCCUAGCUUCAGAUGACUGGGAAUGAUAAAGGACAUCUCCAUAAGAGUCAUCUCUUAGUAAAUUCAAACAUUAUCAAAAAGAAAAACACUCAUGGCCAAUUGUACAUUUAAUUUGAUACACAGACUUCCAGAUUAUAUUCUUUAUUUGGAUUCACAGCCUUUGCUCUCCAGGUUUUGGGAUUUGGGAGAGGGGAAAGAUGAAAGGCAAUUGAUUCAAAGGAAAAUUGUAUUAUCUGGGUUUUGAAAAUCCUACAAGACAAAGUUGCGAAGUAGAUAAAGUAAUAACUGGUGGAAUUAGGUAAUAGGUGUGGAAGAGAAAUUGCUUUCUCAUGCACGGACCAGUGUUUUGGAUUUUUAAAAAAAUAUUCUGUCAUUGGUUACAAAUUUUUACUCAGCCUUUCUAUUGGCAUGGAUUUCCUUUGGCCUCUCACUUUAUAAUGUAUCUAAACAAUCCCUCCCCGGUUAACGUGCCAAAUUGUCCAUUUUGAACUCAUCUUCAGCCAAUUUCAAAGAAACUACUUUGAAAGAAAACAGACCAGCACAGUUCUGCAAUAACAGUUUUAAGAUGGGCAUUGGGUUUGGGGGGAAGGGAGAAAUGUUCUUUUUUCAAUGUACUGUAUUGGAAUGCUGGUAACUGUUAACCCGGUGUUCAGUAUAGAGAUAUAUAUGUAUAUGUAUAUCUAUGUAUAUGUAUAUGUAUAUAUUUAUUAUUUUCAUAUAAUUUGCCAGAGAUCAGAAAUGAACUGUCAAUGUGAAAUAAAGAGCUCUCCUUGUACUUGAAUAAUAACUACAGUUCCUACCCAGGUCUGCUUUGGGGCUUAUGUUCUGCUCAGAAACUCCUUUCUCGGGAGCACUAGAAUGAGAAAUCGUGUUGUUCAAUGUUUCACAUCUGUGUAUCAGCCCCAAAGCAGAGACGCGUUAUGGUGACACUCUGAGGUGGCAUAGCCAAUCAUUUACAACUUCCAGAUUCAAGCUGCCUGGAGGGAAUCAGCUCUAUAUAAGGUAGUAUACAAAGGUGUCACUCACAAAAGGCUGGAUGUGCUUUUUAUCUACCUGGAAGGCUUCAUUCUUCCAAGUUCACUCAUACCCACUUAAAGAGGCCAGUACUUUGCCACUCUUGUACCUCUGUACCCAUCAGGGCCUAAACAGCAGUGGCAAGCUACCAGCUAAGUUGUUUUUUAAUAUUGAAUGCAUGGGAUGAACAAGUCACAUUGCAGAAAAAGAACUGUCCCUACCCUGGAUUCUUGCAGAGUUAAUCCCACGACAUGAGACUUUGGUAUCGGUGGUUCAGGGGAAAUUCUUCCAUUCUAUGACACUUGUCUUCUUCUCCAGAGGGAGUUGCUCUAACUAGUAAUCUUGGCCCUGCUCAGUAAAAUCCUCUGCCUGUCACUCUCCUGCUAGUUUGUGAAGAUAGUUUAUUAAAGUCUGUGCUUCAGUUCUCAUCUUGUAAAUAAUGCUUAUCAUAAACUUGAACUUACACUUGAGAUUCAAAAUAGUCCUGUUUCUGCAGUAUUGUGUUAGUCAACUUAAACCUGUGCUUUCAUAUUUAAGAAACCAGAAAUUGUGCCAAAGAUAGCAAAAGUAAACAAAUGCUCAGUACUGACGACUGCUCCUGCUCCUGAAGUCUACGAGAAUGAUACCGAAUUGUCACGUAAACAUCAUAAAUAGUGACCAAUGAUUCAAUAUGAAUUUUUAAAUGCAAAUAUUGGUAUUGUUUAUGGGAAAUAAAUCUAAAUAUAAACGAAGUGGAAUCAAUCAUUUAUCUUGGGCUUAACAGUUCUACCCUCUUAUCAGGCUGCUCCAGUUAGUGGCAUGAAAGUCGGCAGAGCUGUUCAUAACUGCGAGUCGUCCGUAUUUUGGAGCCAGUUUGUAAUCGGCCUCUUAACACACUGUGCUGUUCACUCAUAACAGCGAACAAUGUCCCAUUUCAGUCUCAAUAAACAUUUCCUCAUUCUUUC